GGAAUAAAAUCUACUUCAGUGCGUCACGUAGGCGCUUCAAAGUUUUCAUUUUUGCAAAAUUUACGAUUUAACGUUAAAGUGGGGCAAAACAAAAAAAAGCCCUUGUAUACUCGGCAGUACAUAUACGUAUGUACUACUUAAAAGAAUGGAAACUUUGAACACGACCAAAAUCCCACUAAGUAAGUGUACGCCCAGUUCAGUUCGGUUCCGGAUUCGGGAAUUUCCUUCGAGCUUCCAGGUUAGCCAGGUCUCUCCAUGCUCUCCAUGUUCUGCGGGCUCACCGACAGGGUUCAGCUGCACCAGGUGUGCCCGUGCCCGGGUGGUUUCAACCUUUCGUUUUCCAGCCCCGAAACCGGAAUCUACGAUUGAAUUUCAGACAGUAUACCAGACACCCAACCACCCAAAUGCCAUCCGGCGGCCAAGGAAAACGCAGAGGCUUUUGCAAUUUUUAUGUGCAAUUUUUUACAUGAGAACCAAAGGCGGUACGAAGUGUCGCUUGUGGCUCGUUAAGGUUAAGGGGUGGAGGGUGUUCUUUAUCUGGAGAGGUGUGGGCUAGCUGUUGGAAUACCACUGAUAACCGAGGAGUGGAUUAGUCUCUGGUUAUCGUUUGCAGCGGGUACAUGGCACCCAUUUAACAAAGAUUAACGAUAAUUAUUUUAUAGAAAAAUGUAAGAUGCCUUCUCUAGGGAGAAAUCAACCAGUGAUAGUCAACAAUUUAAAACCGUCAAAACACAUAUGUAUAUGGCAAAGUUAAAUAGGGUCUACGCCCCACGUUGAGCGCCAAAAAACACAAAUAACAAAAAAUAUUCGAAAUCUUUUAUUUCCAUCACAGAUUAAAUUUAAAACAUA